CUACCGCCAUCUCCCUCCCUCUCUCUCUCUCUCUCUCUCUCUCUCUCUCUCUCACCCUAGAAGAAGAAGAAGAACAAGAAACAGCAGCAGUAGGUCGCCAAUGUCGCAUUUUGGAAGAUCAGGCCCUCCGGACAUCACCGACACUUACUCGCUCCUGAUCCUCAACAUUUCCUUCAGGACUACCGCCGACGACCUCUUCCCUCUCUUCGAUAAGUACGGAAAGGUCGUCGACGUGUUCAUCCCCAGAGACCGAAGGACUGGGGAAUCGAGAGGGUUCGCGUUCGUGAGGUACAAGUAUGCGGACGAGGCGCAGAAGGCGGUGGACAAGCUUGAUGGGAGAGUUGUGGAUGGGAGAGAGAUUGGGGUUCAGUUCGCGAAGUACGGUCCCAAUGCUGAGAGAAUCGAUAAGGGGAGGGUUGCUGAACCGGUUUCAAAGAUAAGAAGGCGAUCGAGAAGUCGCAGUCCUCAUCCAAGGUACAGAGAUGACUGUAGAGACCGUGAUUAUAGGAGGAAAAGUCGCAGUAGAAGCAGGGGACGAUAUGAUCGCGACAGGUACAGAGACAGGGAAAGGAGUUACCGUCACCGGAGUAGGAGCUAUAGCCCAAGUCCUGAUCGUCGCAGAGACCAAAGGGCACCCAAGUAUGAUGACAAGGACAGAAGUCGGAGUGGAUCAUACAGAAGUUCAUCCCGUAGCCCGCGGAAAGCUGAAUAUGAGAGGAGUCCAUCUCCAAAUCCGAGACCUUCUACUCUUGAAAGUCCUGAUGUACGAAAUGGUGAAAGAGUUUCUGAGCUCCACAGAGAUGCGCCUAGCGGACAUCCUGCUGAUUCCCCUAGUGCUUCUCCACAUAGUCCAUAGAUAGAGUGCUCGUGACGUGAGUGGGUUUGUUGCUUCUGUCUCACUCUAUUGGAACUAUUUGGACCAUAUGUCUCUGCUUGGUUCAUGUUGCCCUUUUAGGAAAGAUGAGUGCUUCCGAUCAUGGGAGUCAGUUGUGCUCGACAAGCAAUAUCACUUUCUCAUGAGGUGCUCUUGAUUGGUGGACGGAGACUUCGUUGCAUGUGGUGAUUUAGAUAUUAAUGCUGAGUUUUGUAGGGGGUGAUGUUUUUCUUCUAUGAAGGCAGCUAGUCCGUCUAUUCUGACUUUGUGGUUACCUGUGAUACUCUGAUCUUAUUCUUGUGCCAUAAUGUGCAUUCAUCAAGUCCA